CAACUGUGUUCAGUUCAGUCAGUGGUUUUCUAUCAGAUGUAAAAUGGACGGGCGGUCGUGUCGCUGCACGCUCGCGAACUCCGCGUGUUCGUUGUAAUAUCGAUGUUCAAUGUUUCAAAUUUUGACGUAAAAACGAAUAUUCUUUUUGCGAUUGUUCGACUACUUCGGUGUUCGGUUGCCGAAGGAGAUUGUGUUAGUGCAUGUGUUUUUUUAUUAUAUGACGUUAACGCUCACUUCACUUGCAGUGAUUUUGCUGAUACCUCACCGGUGGGUGCGCGCGUGAUAAACUACGUGUUCGGUUUUUUGAAAAAGGCGUUUAUCGUCUAGUGUGAGUGUUUUACAGUACCACCAUGCUGUGCACGGUGACAUAGUGAACGUUGACUUGACCCUGACCUCUGUGAAACAUGUCUGGGCGAUCGGAUUGCAGGAAAUUUGCACCAAACAUCUUCAAUAAGAGCAAGUGCACUAAUUGCUUUCGACAGAAAGAGGAGCAUAGUGCUGAAGCCUUGGAAUCUAAUCGGGCAAGUCGAAAGGUAUCCAAAUGCGGGUAUCUGUUCGUUGCACCAGGCUGGGACUUCUCCAAUCCGCUCUACAGAACAAAGAGAUGGCAGCGGAGGUGGUUCGUCUUGUACGACGAUGGGGAGCUCACAUACUCGUUGGACGAACAUCCGGACACGGUCCCUCAAGCCAGCGUGGACAUGACAACGGUCCUGGAAGUGAGCGAAGCGGACACCGUGACUGGUCAUCCGCACAGCUUGGCCAUCACGGCGCCAGAACGCGUCACCUUCGUAAAGGGCACCUGCAGAGAAGAGGCGAGGUGGUGGUCGGAUGUGUUGAGCGUGUACCCGAGGAGUAAGGGUCGACAUAAACGAAAUGCUACUUUCCCCGGCGGGCAGACGGCGAGUUUACUGCAGUCUUCAACAACUAGGAAAUACUCUGCAGAUGCGUCGACGCUACGCGACGUGGCGGACGGCUGCGGGGCGGCGAGGCCAAGGUACUGUUCCGGGGGGACUACCACGUGGCCCGGGCCCCGGGUGCAGCCGCCGCAGCCCGAGAUCCCGAGCUUGGCGGCGCCUACACCCAUUGACACCAAAGUAUACACCGACCAACCAGUAUCAUCAGCGUCUCCACCGACCAGAGACAAGAUCAACGGCGAGGAGAAGGCGAGGUCGCGGCGACGGGACACCUGGCCUGAACCUGCCGCCGCGCCAUCCACCGAAGAAGCUGUCGGCGUGAGAUCCCCUCUGCUGCAACAUCAGCCGUACGACGAGCAACUCCGCGACAUCGCUGCUUCGCUGACACGCCCACGUUCCCGCCGCGCGUUGCCUCCCACCCUGGAGAGGCCAACGAGGCUACCACCGCCUGAUCGUUUACCGCCGCGUGGUACUCCAGACGGAGCUGUUCCUCCUGAAGAAGCAAGUUCGAGCUCCUCAAGUGAGGGUAGUGAGCCUACUGAUGUAGUGGAAAAUCCUGAAGGAGGGGAACAUCGAGUUGAAUUGCCCGCUGAAAGACUGCUGCACGCGAGAGCUGGCUGGCUACAGCGGCGAGGACCGGGGGGAUGGUCGCGACACUGGUUCGUUCUAAGAGGAGCCGCUCUAUUGUACUUCAGGGAUCCACACGCCGAACAUAGGGGGCUGAUGGAUGGCGUUAUAGAUCUUAGUGGUGUAGAAAGAGUUGUUGAACUGCCCACGUCAGCAUCCACGGGAUACGCAUUCGAAACGAAGACGUGGGAUGGAAAACAUAUAGUACUAUCCGCUGUAACAGCUGGUAUUCGAGCCAACUGGGUGUCUGCAAUUCGAAGAACUGCAGGACUACCCGAUUCUGGACCUUUAUCGUUGAUAUUACGGGAAGACACUGUAGAUCAAACUUCGGAAUCGUCUACUUCACCCGUUACACCAGUGACGCCUAUUACCGGAAAAUCGGCUCCAUUCUCAUCAGAUGAGGAAUACAGAACAGCUUCAGAAGGCGGUCGUCGAGAUAGUGCCGACUGGGGAGACGUAGCAUCCCAACCACCGCCAUCGCCUAUUCUAAAUCGUACUCCAAUAUCAAAAGUCAAGGAAAAAGUACGUGCUAGAACGAGUAAUACGACAUCAGCAAGAUCAGAUAGUAUAGGUGAUAAGGAUGAAAUCGAUGCUACCAAAGAAAAAGACCGUUCAUCGGAGGUUAUAGACGAAAACGAGAAACCGAAUGAACCAAGGAAACGUAGCUAUAUAUCAACUAUCGAUAAACAAUCCAUCGAAAUUGACGACUUGCGUAAACAACUUCAAGUAGCCUUAAAUGAUGUUAAUUUAGCAGAAUCAGAACUAGCUAGACUACGUAAACUUAAGUCUGAUGCAGCUUUAAGAGAGAAAAAAAUGGAAGAACUAGUAAUAACAUUGCAAAAGAAAGAAGAAGAAUUAUCGAUAAGAACAAAAGAAGCUGAAAGUCUAGAUACAAUAAAGCAGCUUUACAAUCAAGAUAAAACCAUGUGGGAAACGAAGCUUACAGAAACACAAAACUUUUUAAAAGAAUCAACAGAGCAUUGCGAAUUAUUAACUCGACAAUUGACAUCAGCACAAGAUACUAUUAAACAACUUCAGUCGGAACUUAAUGACCUUAGCGAUAAACUGUUAAAAAGUGUUAAGGACAACGACAAUUUAUAUGAACGAAUUCGAGAGUUAGAAGGACGAAUGGUAGCUGAAUCCCCAACCAAAGAAAAGAGAAAGAGUAUAAAUUCUCUCAGCGAGCUCAGUAAUAUAAAUGAAGACAUAAAUCUAGAAUCUAUAGAAAAGAACAAAUUGAUAGAAGAAUAUGUUGAAUUACGAGCGCGGUUUAUGAAAGCUAUACAAGAAAUCAAAACUAUGAAAAAAGAACUUCGCGAUUCACAUAACAUGUAUGAUGAAUUAGAAAUAACAAAUAUGAAGUUAAGGAAUGAAAUGAAACUAAGAGAACAAUGUACUAGAUCAGAAAUCGACUUAAUGGCAGCUCGAAUAUUAGACCUUACGCAAAAGUUAACAGCUUCAGAUAAACAAGUGCGGACUUUGAAGUAUAAGAUACAAAAAUCCGAAUCUAGAGAAAAAAGACGUAGUUUAUCAUUGAAAGGAAGAGAGUCAUUUACGCUCGGAAAAGAAGUAGAAGAAAAAUUAACAGAACUGGAAAAUAAAAUUACCAUGUUAGAAUCUGGGGAACAAGUUCCUACGAUAAACUCACCGUCCAAAAGUAUGUCACCUGCCAAAGAUAGAACUAAAGCUGAUAACUUAACAGACGAGAAACGAAUGAAAAGAUUAGCCGCUAGACUUCGACGAAAGUCAUUGGACAGCGCUACCAGUUCGGAACCAAUGAAAAUGCUAGUACGUUUAAGUUCGCUAGAAACCAAAGUCGCAUCUGCAUUAGAGAGUCGUCGUGACCUCACAAAUUCCUGUGAAUCUCUGAGUCAAGCGACGAGAUCAACCGAAAGUCCGGGUUUUAACGAGAGUUUAGAAAAUUCUACUGUCGGUACUCCGUCACAAAGACAUCUUUUGGACAGGUUACAGAGUCUUGAAAGCGUAGUGAUACAUUCAAGAAACAAAGUGAACGAGUGUCUAUGUCAAAUGAGCGCGAUGCGAGCUGCCAAAUCAAGGAGAUCUCCAUCCCCUAGUCUUGAGAAGAAAUAUAGCAUUCGGUCAAUGGAAAAAUGCUUAUCCGAGGUCAGCAAAAGAUUGCAAGAGUGCUUCGAUAAAUGUGUCGUCGACUAUGAUCAAAACCAUGAGCAUGAAAUCAACGACAGCGUGGCGCAGGUAGUGGUACAGCUAGAGGAGCAACUGCGAACCAAACUGUUAGAGAUAUCACGGAAAAAGGCGGCCCUGUACGAGGCUGGCGAGCUGACGCAGCGAAGGAGUUUAGAGAUUCUAGCCGAAAAGCUCGCGUACGAGGCAGUCUUGGUCAGCAGAAUUCAGGAGGCCCUCGAGUCUUCCAACGGAAGCAGAUUCUUCGCUAGAUUAAUAAAGUCUGAAAUAACCGAAACUAGUCAACUAAUCGAUAAUCUUAAGUGUAAGAUAAACGGCGAUGGCCACAAAAAUAUCACCGGCACUAGGAGCUCGCUCGACUAUCUCGCUAGGAUAUUAUCGCGAAAGAUCGACAUAAUGAACGCGACGAGGGAGACAAAGGAGCUCAGAGAGUCCGAGCUGAUCCUGCAGAGCGCGGACCUCGAGGCGCUCAAGGCUUCGCAGAGCGAGGUCGCCGAGGCCGUCGACAGGUACAAGACGGAGAAGCUUGCGGAGCUGUGCUCGGCGCUCGCGUGCGAGACGCUUAGCUACGCGACGCCGGGCGACGCCGACUUCGAGCAACAGCGCGCCAACCUGGAGGCGGCGCGCGUGCGCGAGGCCUGGGCGGCGGCGCGCGACGCGCUCGGCGCCACGCUGGUGCAGGCCGAGGUGGCGCGCGCGCUGGGCCGCGCCGCGCUCGUGUGCGAGCGGCAGCUGGACGACGCGCGCCGCGGCCGCCUCACGCUCACCGCGCAGGACCGUGCUGACCUGGAGCUGUGGUGGCAGGCCGCGCACGACCACCUGCGCUGCGAGCUCGACCUAGCCGUGCGCGACAUCGCCGCGCGCUAUCGCGAGUGCCUGGCGUCCGAACGCCGCGACGAUGGCCCGCCCGGCCUCGACAGCCGCGCGCUACUGCACCAGCUCGCCGAUGUACUCGCGCAGAAGGCGUCGAUCGACGCGCGCAUCGCGGUCGUCGAGGGCACGUACCGCGCGUCGACGCCGCGCGACGCCGACGGCUCGCGGCGAUCCGCCGAGGACGCGAUCUCCUCGCUCGAGACGGACCCCGCCCAGGAGGCCGAGUUCGUCUACCUCUUCCAGCGCUUCUCGAACGAGUGCCGCGCGCUCUUCUCCAGUGACUGUUCGGGUAACAGUGAAGACUCGAUGAAGAUCGGCGAGAGCCUCGAGAGGGUGGAGGCGGCCGUCGCGGCCGUACAGCGGCAGCUCGCUGGCAGCGCCGCGGACGAGGAGGCGGCGCGGCCCGCCACCGAGACCGCGGCCGCGCCGUCGCGCUCCGUGCUGGACCGCGUCGAGUCGCUGCGGCGGCGCGUCGAAGCUCUGCAAGCGCUGGUGCCGUGCCAGCACUGCAAGCAGCUGCAGGACGCGCUGGACAGGCUGCAGGCGGAGCGCGCGCGCGGCGAGUGCGCGCUGGCGCAGCAGGCGGGCGCGCUGGCGGCGGCGCGGCGAGCGCGCGCGCAGCUGCAGGCGCAGCACGAGCGCGAGCGCAGCGCGCUGCGGGAGCGCGCGCGCACGCUGCAGCGCCGCCUCGCCGCGCUCGACUCCGAGUACUCGGCGCAGCUCGAGAACCUGCGGGCCGCCUAUCAGAGCGCGGUGGCGGCGGACACGCACGGCGAUGGGCUGCGCGCGCGCUACCAGCAGGAGAUCGAGCAGCUGCGCGCGCUGUGCGAGAAGGGCCUGCUCGCGAUGGAGAGCUCGCACCGCCGCAUCGUGCGCGAGAUGGAGGAGAAGCACCGCGCCGAGCGGGAACAGCUGCGGCUGGACAAGGAGCAAGCGUUAGCGGAGGAGACUCGAGCGACGCUGGCGGCACUGGACGCGAUGCGGAAGGCGCACGAGAGUGAAGUCCGGCGCGAAGUGGAUAAGUUCAAGGCAGAGUUCCUUAGCCGGGGCGCGCACUCCGGGGACCUGUCGCAGCUCAGCUCGCGACACCAGCAAGAAAUGGAGGAGAUCAAACGCGAAAUUCUAUCACUCUCGGAGAAGUACUCAGUGAAGUGCGUGGAGUCGGCGGCGCUGGAGGAGCGGCUCGCCACCGCCACCGCGCAGCUUGCGCAGGCGCACAACCACAUCAUGCAGCUCGACGCCAGAAAUAAACAACUACGUGCUCAUUUGAUAUCCGAAGCGAACGAUCUGAAAAACGGCGAAGCGUCUACCCUCUCGCAGCUCAUCGAAGACACUGCGCCGCAUGGGAGGGCGGAGGGGCCGCUGUGGGCGCACCUGCGCCACCUGGCGGCUGUAUGGCAGCGCAACAACCCAUCAGGGGAAGUCGUCGAGAGCGAGUCCACUGAUGGAGGCGGCGAGACCGUCGCGCCAGCCCAAGAUACAAUUCGCGAAGACCGAAAGCACCAGAAAUCUGCAACUGUCGCCCGUUCAGAACUAAAAACGUCGAAACGCUGUUCAGUCAGCGGCAAAGCGACCGUAACGCCCCUUGUCGGUAUGGUCGCCGAGCGGAAGAAGCGCUUCGAGCUAUGAGCGACGAUCGUUCGCCGCGCGUUCCGUUUCACGCAGAAAUCGCUCACUUCACUUGCGUUGUAGCUUUAUUUCGUUUUCGCCAAGUGUUAUUAGCGUAUUUGGCGUAGAGAGGAACGCGCUCCAGUACGUCACACCCACCACGCUAGCACCUGGCCACUUUGCUUUACAUUGAUCAUAUAUUGGACAAUUGAAUAUUCAUAACAAUAUGUACUACAUAAUAAGACUGUAACGUAUUCGUCACACAUGAUUCACUAUAUUGUAACGUAACCCACAUAUUUACUAUAUAACAAUUAUAAUUGUAACAUAGCAGCUAUGAAAUGAGUAGACAUCAUUGUUGAUGACUACUGACGUCACAACUGCGCACUAUAUAUGCGAAUUCACUUACAUUAUUCGUAGUAUUAGUAAACUGACUUAAUCCUAAUGAGAUUAGUAGAUUUAAAGCAUGACAUUAAAGAUGACAAUAAACGACUGAGGAUCGGUAGUGGAAGCAAUAAAUUAUUAUUUUUUAGACUAUAAUGUGGAUAUAAUGAAAUAUUGUAAACGUUAUUAUAUACCCUAAGACCAAAUAUAACUUUUCCCUAUAUCAAGUGGCCAGAAUCUAACUCCCACCCACCACACAAAUUGUAUAUAACUUUACGCCUUGUUUUAUACGUGAUUUUAAUUUAGUUUGUAUAUUUACACUACAGUUUUCCUAUUUAAAUCUUUCCUCUUAAACAAUCUUAUUUAAGACUCGUUUUUCACUAAUUUCCUUUGAUAGCUUUAGAGAAAUUGGUUAGUAAUGUGAUUUAAAAUGUAACUUUGUAAAUACUAACGCCUGUUUUGUGUUUCCCAUUUGUUUUUUAGUGCACAGUGUCUAUAAUUUGCUAUUAAUCUUUAAGGAAUUGUUACCAAAUAUGAUCCAUAUUUAUGACAAUACUUCGUAUUAGGUGUUGUGCGGGCACGACGCGGUUUCUCGAUGAUUUUUGUAGAGAGAAAACAUUGUAUUUUCUAACGUGACAGUCGACAUGUCGCGGUAGAACUAAACGUUUACGCGUUUACACUCUACAGAAAUAGUCGAUUUACGCGCGACGUAUCCGCGGACAGAGCAAUGCCUUUGUUUAAUUUCUUUGUAGAUUUAUAAUUUGCAUAGUUUAUGGACAUGGGAGAUAUCUAUUUUGAGUGUUAUGUGGUUUUUGCACGAUUUUUUUUUUCCUCGUGUUCCUUAAUAUCACGUUCCUAGAUGGGCACUCUGAUUUUUAUAUGGAACCCUGCAACGACAGAGUAUACGAAGUUUUAAUAACAACGCGUUUGCAUAUGAAAACAGAGCGCGGGACGUUAUAUUCACGAUGCGUUUAUUUAUAGAAGUAUAUAUUGUUUUAUACAUUAACACAAUAUUUAGAAUGUUGAAGUUUGACAUUUUCAGUUUAUCUCUGAGACUUACUUGUUACCAUAUUCUCCUGGGCAUUCUCAACCUGUCUUCCGUGUAUUCAUUUUGACAAUCACUUUGUUAUGUAUAGAUAUCACUGUAGUUAUGUAUUCGAGUCAGAACCACGUGUUGUGACUGUGUAGCGGCACGUUAGCUGGAAUUACGCGCCCCGAGUUCGACACGUUUACGCACACACGAACACUGCGCGUAAACGUGUCGAACCUUGUUGCGUAAUUUUGGCUAAUGUGCGGCUAUGUGUAUUGCGCUCUGCGCGGGAGCGUGUGUUGCAAUGUAUUGCUCAAUGUUCUCUAGUUGCGAGUAACAAUACCAAAACGUUGGAGUGCAAGACGCGCUUGCGGCAGGCGUACGAGUUGAUGCGUCGCUGUGUACUUGUGUUAACUCUCCCUUUAGUCUCAGUUGAUUUUUGUAAAGUGUUGGUUUAUAUAACAAAGAUUUUUAAAAUAAACUACUUAAUACAAA